UGCUUCCCACCCUUGGUGGAUAAAGUUUGCCUUUCGGGGAACGUAUUUUUUUCAAACAAUGGAUCUUGAGCGAUGUUUAUGAUUUUUCGUUAAACUAGGCCACGUGCUACGUUUGUUUAUUGACUAUCAGUCUUGUACCAGCACUGCUUAAACUAAAAUUUAAUCAAAUUUUUACAUAUUCAAUAUGGAAGAGUUAUUUUCCUUAAACAAAUAUUGUACCCGGUGUAUACUACGUUACUCUGUUGAAAAUGUUUAUCAAGUAUUUGAGUCAGAACAGUUUUCACCUGUUACUGGAUGUGGAUUAUGUUUAGAUGUUCUAUCAGAUGAAAAUAUUGAGAAAACAGUUUUAUCUAUAGUUGAGCAGCUUAAAAAGUAUGAAGCACCUUUAUAUACUCUUGCAAUUCAACUACCUCAAUGCAUUCUCAUUAGAGCGUAUUCCUUAUCGGUUUUUAUCAAGCAAAAAAAACUAAUAAAAAAUAGUUCGAUAAAUGUAAUUCCCAUAAAAGAAUCAUUGAAAUAUAAAAUUAUUCAACAAGUAGACGAACUCUCACUAAAAAAACAUUGCUCUAAGAGUACAGUUUUGGUUGAUUUAAUUUAUUCUCAUGAAACAAACACAGCUGAUUUAUCAAAAAUUCCUCAAAAGAAAAGCAAAAAAAAGUAUUUUUGCAAGACUAAGAAUUCACAACCAGAAGUAACCAAUCAAGUAAUGGAAGACUUUUUAAGUAACUUAAAGGAGUCAGAAAUAUCAAAAUAUAUAUCUUUUCCACCUUUAUCAGUGAGAUCAUUAUGCACCUUCAGUGUUAAUACCUGCCAAGAAUCAAUAUUUAUAGCAGGUCGCUACAAUAAAUAUUCAAGAGAACUCAGUCAAACACCUUGGAUUAUUGAAGGAGAACGUAAGACAGAGUCAUCUGUUCAGGACCUAAUAUGUGGGAAAAUGCAAGAAGCAGUUCAAGCAUCAGACAAUAAAUUUAUAUCAUCUGGAAGAGAAGAUGUCGAUGUAUUGAUGCUGGGAAAAGGUCGUCCAUUUGCUGUGGAACUUAUAAACCCUAAAGUAUCUGGAUUAGAAAGAAACAUUGUACAAGAACUUCAAGAUGCCAUUAACAAGUCAACUGACCUAAUUAGUGUGAGAGACUUGCAAGUAAUGCAUAGAGGGGCAAUACAAAAGUUGAAAGAAGGAGAAGAAGAAAAAAAGAAGUUGUACAGGGCAAGAAUUUGGUGUCCAUUACCUAUAUCAGCUGAAAAAAUUGAUUCUGUUUGUAUCCUUAAAAAUAUUGUACUGAUGCAGAAGACUCCUAUAAGAGUUUUACACAGGAGACCAUUAAUUACGCGAGAGCGUACAAUUUAUGAAACAAACUUAACUCGAGUUGACGAAUUUCAUUACGAUCUAUUUAUUACUACGCAAGCUGGAACUUACGUAAAAGAAUUUGUCCACGGCGAUUUUGGACGAACUAACCCAUCUCUGCGAACAUUACUAAAUGCUGAUGUUGACAUUUUAGAGCUAGACGUGCAGAAUGUGGAAUUCGAUUGGCCUCCUAGUUGCAAUGACGUAAACUGCGUGAAUGACUAGUCUUUAUCUUUGCCGCCAUUAACUUCAUUAUAGAAUGAUCUAUAUUUACUUUAUUGCAGUUUUAGCGAAUCAAUGAUUUGUAACAAUUUUAUAAAACUAAUUGCUGGGUAAAUAACGGCUGCUAGUUGUGUUAA